AUGUCAAGAUCUGACGAGGUGAACAAAAUGACAGAAAAUGUCUACAAGAGCAUCCUGGAGCAGUUUAACCCCAGUUUGAAGAACUUUGUGACUAUGGGGAAACACUAUGAGAAAGCACUGACAGGAGUGACUGUUGCAGCAAAAGGCUACUUCGAUGCUCUGGUUAAACUGGGAGAACUGGCCAGUGACAGCCAGAGCUCAAAAGAACUGGGUGACACGUUGUUCCAGAUGGCCGAAGUGCACAGACAGAUCCAGGUGCAGUUAGAGGACGUGCUGAAGCUGUUUCACUCCGAACUUCUCUCUCAGCUGGAACAGAAACUUGACCUGGAUAUUAAAUUCCUCACUGCGACACUGAAGAAAUACCAGAGUGAGCGGCGAUCAAAGGCGGAGUCGAUUGAACGCUGCCAAUCACAGCUGAAGAAACUGCGCAGGAAGAGUCACAGCAGCCGCCACCCGAAUAAAUACGGAGACCGAGAGAUGCAGUUUGUGGAGCUGAUGAGUCGCAGGCAGACGGAGUUGGACUCUCUGGUAGCUGUGGGUUAUCGCUCGGCUCUCACAGAGGAGAGGAGGAGGUACUGCUUCCUCGUGGAUCGUCAGUGCUCUGUCGCCAAGCUGCUAAUAAAUUACCACAACAAGGUGCGUGAACUCCUGUCACAAAAGUUGUCAUCCUGGCAGCAGUCAUGUUCCCAGCCAACAAAAUUACCAGAGCGAGCGCUGAACCUGCUGCGUCACACGGCCCCUCAGGGUGCCGGGGCUUCUGGGAUAGCAGAAGUCCUCCGACACACGAAACUGGGCUCUGCUCAGUCUGGUGAACAGAGGCUGUCCAUACAGGAAGUCCUGCCCCUUCUGAACGGUGACACCAGCAGUCGCGCCCAACAACAGCGCGGUGGACCGUCUGUCUCAUCUGAUCCGACCCCACAUUCCCUCUCCAUUCAAAACAGCACCACCCACAACACCAGCACAUCAUCUAGCACCGCCCACCCACAGACUACCUCUGCGCAGCCAGAAAGUGUUUCUAGCUUGCUUUCUCCACCCUCUGGUUCUGCAUUUCUCCCUCUUAGCCCCGCUUCUGCUUCGUCCCUUCAUUCUCUGCAAGGCCUAGCUCCGCCUCCUAACGCCCCUCACACUCCUCCAUUGCCCCAUAGUGCACCCCUCUCUCGUGCCCUCACUCCCGUGCCACCCUCUGCUUUCUCUCCUCCGGCCCAUAACCCUUUGUUGCUCAAGGCUGCGGACAUCUACGCAACCUCGACGCUGCCGUUACCAAGGAAACAGCCGAAUGAGCUGCGGACAGGAUUUAUGGGUUCCACCCUACCCCGCGUUCUCCCUCUCUGUCCUCCACUCCGCGUGGAGGCGCUGUUCGCUCACUCGCCCAGCUCGAGUGACCGAGCAGAAAAAGGAGAGAGAGGAGGCUCGUGUCUGCUGCCCUUCCUUCCCGGAGACGUCAUGAAUCUUCUAAUCAGCGAGCCGAGAGAUGGCUGGCACUAUGGACAGAAUGAAAGAACAGGACGGAAAGGCUGGUUUCCCUUCUCCUACACACAGCCGUUCCCAAACACAUCGCCACCGACGCAGCACGACGCUGCCAGUUCUCCGGGCCUGUCCAAGUUGAACAGUACGAGUAUGGGGCAGUUAGACAGGCUGCCCCCUGCAGGUGAGUUUGUGAAGCUCAGCCCAGACUCGGAGGAGGAGCGGGGGAUCAGCACGUUUAGGCCACGCCCCUACAGCAUGGUGAACCCUGACAUCAGGCGGAUGAGUCCUGGACACACCGAGCAGAAGGGCAAAGAGCAGUUCCCCAGUGAUCGCUCGUCUCCACCGCCGUCUCCCACCAGGACCAAUCCAUUCGCUCAUAUCCGUCUGAGGAAGACGGUGACCAACGAUCGCUCGGCUCCGCUUAUCGAGUAG